CAAGACGUCCCCGUCCAAGUGUUUCGCUCCUACUAGAGAAAAAGGGAGAGCUCCUUCGCUGAAGAACCUCCGACGGGAGUCGUCUGUCCACUCGCGUCUCUCCGGCGAGAUCCGAAGGGCCGCAGCGUAGCGCCGUUUCGCGUUCUAACCGGCCGAACCCAACUUUCGGACUCUGAGACCUGGAAACUCUUUUCAACGCCAGCGGAUCGGGAAAGUCCAACUCACGUGAAGGCGACGUUUUCGUCUCGCAAACUCUGUCGUCGUCAAGGGUGUGUGCGGUGUGCCGCGAUCUCGUCAAACUGAUCGUCCACGACGUUUUUCCAACGAGGUGAUCUUCGUUCAUGCCGGUCAGAGAGUUCGAAGGGAGAUUCUCUCCCCCUCCAGUUUUUUUUCAUCAAGGGUGAGAUCCGGAGGUCAGUGUAGCACUGUUGUGUUUGGCCACCGUACGGCAUUCGACUCACCGACCCUAGGGAUCUCCGAGAUACCAGACCGUCGUCGGAAGGAAACUUCAAACAUAAGAGCGACGACGAUUAUAGUCUCGCCUUCUCGUCUUCUUCAUCGGAAGAGAGGUUGAAACCAGGACAUAGCCCACACCGUGAGACGUCCCAAGGCUUCAUCUGGUUGACUCCACGAGGUACCAAGGUGGGGGGAUCUUCGUCGAUCAGGAACUCCAACUCUUACGUGCAGCGACGAUAGAUCCUUUUGCCCCGGUCUUUUUUUUACCGCUAGAAGUGUUAAGGCGGGACUUCGCGGGCCCCCUUGUGAGACGUCCAAUUGAUCAGCCCUCCCCUCCGGGGUAACGAGGCGGGGAUCUCUGCCACGUCACAGCACCGUCGCCCGAAGAUGGUCUCGAGAACGUUGUUCUCCGCUUGCUGCUUCCUCCUGCUGUUGGGGUCCCGCGCCGAAGACCGCCUCUCGGGGGCGGAGUCCCAAGAAGACGGCGGCCUCUGCGCGCACUCCGGCGACAGGCGAGCAGGGGUCAACAUCUCGAGAGAGUCGCUGUCGCCGCUAGGCUGCUGGCCCGACGUGCUGCGGGAGCUGUCGCGUGGCGACCCCGCCUCGUCGGGCGACGCGAGCGACGACUGUCGCCGGCACAGCCUCAUGGUCGCGGACGCCAUCGGCAGACGGGAGCUGUGGGCGCUGCAGAUGCUCGACUCCUCGGCCAAGCUUCCCCCGGGGCUGCUGCGGGGGAACGCCAACCAGCUGGGGGACUUCGACGGGUGCCUGUCGGCGCGCGAGGGCAGCUACUGCCUGGCCUCGCUGGACGUGAGCGCCGGGCCCGCGGCCUCCGAGGACCUGGUGCGCGCCGUCAGCUUGGUCCGCGGCGGGGACUUCAUCCGCAGCUCCGUGCAAGACCCGGCGCACUUCGUGCCGCGCUACUCGACGCUGCAGUGGGGCGUGUGCGUGCCCGCCUCCUGCCCCCCGGCCCACGUGGAGGCGGCGCUGGUCCGCUCCCUGGGGCGUCUCGGCGCCUCGGAGGCGGGCCUGCUGAGGGCGGAGGCGCGCGUCGACCCGGACAUGUGCUACUUGAGGGACCGCCCGCCGUGGGGCGCCGCCGCCAGCGCCGUCACGAUCUUCUUCUGCGCUGUCGUUGCUCUGGCGCUCUUCGCAACUCUCAAAGACACCGACAGCAAUCGCCUCGUCGCCGAUAAAGGUCGGCUGCAGAGGGCGGCGCUGGCGUUCUCGCUGCGCAGGACGCUGCGACAGCUGACGGCUCCCAAUGGCGGCGAGCUGGGCUGCGUACACGGCCUGCGCGCCCUGGGCACGGCGGCGCUCUACAUCGCGCACCGCGUCAUCGCGCUGGGCCACACGCCUUUCCGCAACCGACACGCCUUCGCCGAGGUGGCUAGCCAGCCGUGGACGAUGGUGCUGCGGGCCUCCAUGGUGUACACGGACUCCUUCCUGCUGCUGAGCGGGCUGCUGGCGGCCCACAGUCUCAGCCAGGAGCUGGCGAGGAGGGGUCGCGUCGACUGGCGGCGGCGCUGCCUGGCGCGCUACCUCAGGUUGACGCCGGCCUUGCUGGCUCUGCUGCUGUUCGACGCCUACGUGUGGGAGCACCUGGGACAGGGACCCAUGUGGAACAGGCUGGUCGUCAGGAACUCCAACCUGUGCAAGCGCUUCCUCUGGCGGAACUUGCUCUACCUGCAGAACUUCUUCCCCUUCCAAGACAUGUGCGCGCCGCACACGCACCAGCUGGCCCUGGACAUGCAGCUGUUCCUGGCGGGCCCUCUGCUGGCGCAGCUGCUGCUGGCCAGGCCCUGGCUGGGGGCGGGACUCCUGGCGGGGCUCAACGCCUGGUCGGCCCUGCUCCGGCACGGAGCCGCCUCCGAGCACCGCCUGUCCGUCGUCGUGCACCACGGCCAGACGGUGGAGCAACUGUACAAGGCGGCCGAUCACCUGUACAUAAUCCCGACGCACAGGGCUACGCCGUACCUGUUGGGCAUAGCGCUGGGUUGCGUCCUGCACAACGCCGGCAAGAAGACUCACAUUCCGCAGGUGGUAGCCGCCGCCGGCUGGGCCGCCGCCGCCUGGGCCGCGCGCCUCUCCCUGUGGCCGCAAGGUGCCGCCGCCGCCUCGCCCGACUACCGCCACGACGCCGCCGCCGGCGCCGCCUACGCCGCGCUCUCCCCGCUGUGCUGGUCGCUGGCGCUGGGCUGGGUCGUGCUGGCCUGCCACUCUGGCCGCGGGGGAUUCGUGAACUCUUUCCUCACGUGGCGAGUGCUGGCACCUAUCAGCAGGAUCUCGUACUCCGUGUACCUCACGCAGUUCACGAUAUUCUUCUACAACGCGGGAAUGAUUCGAUCUGAGCAAGAAUUCCACAUUCUUAAAAGUAUCGACGGAGGGGAGGUGUUGGCGACCCUGGCCGUCUCAGUCGCCAUGACUCUGUUGUUCGACUUGCCGCUGCAGGAAGUGAAGAGCAUUCUCAUGGAGAGAGGACCAGUAAAGAAGACAUUAACGAAGACCAAUUCAAACAAUAACAAUAAAUGACCGUAAGUUAUGGAAAAAAAAAU